AUGGAAGAAUCGCAGGCAGAACUCGGUGUGGAGCCCCCUCUGAGUCAGGAGACAUUUUCCGACUUGUGGAACCUACUUCCUGAAAUUCUGUCCUCCGAGCUCUCCGCACCCGUGGAUGACCUGCUCCCGUACUCAGAAGAUGUUGCCACCUGGCUGGAUGAAUGUCCGAAUGAAGCGCCCCAAAUGCCAGAGCCUCCUGCCCAAGCUGCGCCGCCACCAGUCACCCCGGCACCAGCCACCGCCUGGCCCCUGUCGUCCUUUGUCCCCUCCCAGAAGACCUACCCUGGCAACUACGGUUUCCGUCUCGGGUUCCUGCAUUCCGGAACAGCCAAGUCUGUGACCUGCACGUAUUCCCCUUCCCUCAACAAGCUGUUCUGCCAGCUGGCCAAGACGUGCCCAGUGCAGCUAUGGGUCGACUCGCCGCCGCCGCCCGGCACCCGCGUCCGCGCCAUGGCCAUCUACAAGAAGCUGGAGCACAUGACGGAGGUUGUGAGGCGCUGUCCCCACCAUGAGCGCUCCUCUGACCAUAGCGAUGGUCUGGCCCCGCCUCAGCACCUUAGCCGGGUGGAAGGGAAUUUACGCGCGGAGUAUUUGGAGGACCGGAACACCUUUAGGCACACGGUGGUGGUGCCCUAUGAGUCCCCCGAGAUCGAGUCUGAGUGCACCACCAUCCACUACGACUUCAUGCGCAACAGCUCCUGCAUGGGGGGCAUGAACCGGCGGCCCAUCCUCGCCAUCAUCACACUGGAAGACUGUCGUGGUAACCUGCUGGGACGGAACAGCUUUGAGGUGCGUGUUUGUGCCUGUCCUGAGGACCGCCGCACUGAGGAAGAAAAUUUUCGCAAGAAGGGGCAGUCUUGCCCCGAGCCACCCCCUGGGAGCACUAAGCGAGCACUGCCCAGCGACACCAGCUCCUCUCCACAGCAAAAGAAGAAACCACUGGAUGGAGAAUAUUUCACUCUUCAGAUCCGUGGGCGUAAACGCUUUGAGAUGUUCCGAGAGCUGAAUGAGGCCUUGGAGCUGAUGGAUGCUCAGGCUGGAAGGGAACCAGGGGAAAGCAGGGCUCACUCUAGCCACCUGAAGUCUAAGAAGGGGCCUUCUCCCUCCUGCCAUAAAAAACCAAUGCUCAAGAGAGAAGGGCCUGACUCAGACUGACGUCUUCUGCUUCCUGUCACCGGUUGACAUCCCCACCCUCACCCCCCGCCCCUUCCCUGGCAUUUUUUGAGACUCAGGUGCUUAGACCUCUGCUUGGUGCAGGU